AAAAUGCUUAAAAGCGCUUAAAAUUAGUACAAAAGUUUGCCUCUACUAUUCCAUUGUAUAUGUAAAUUCCAGCAAUUUUCUUAUCGUCAACUUAGUUACUAUCAUUUAAGCUUCUAGAAUAUUCUCCAGUCAUUCCCAAUUUCUUCCUCUAUAAGAAACGUCUCAUUGCCGCAAAAUUCAAUUCAAAUCGAACUCAUUUUCAAGUAACUUUAGUGUUCGUCAUCAAAUUUGCUGUAAAACGAAUCGAUGAAGAUCACUGUAAUGACAACUGAUGAACAAAUCGUCACUCUCGAUGUCGAUCGUGAUGAAUCUGUAGAGAACCUGAAAGCUCUACUGGAAGUUGAGACACAAGUGCCUCUGCAGCAACAACAGCUUCUGUACAAUGGGAGAGAAAUGAGGAAUUCUGAUAAACUGAGUGCACUGGGAGUUGGUGAUGGAGAUUUGGUGAUGAUGGUGUCUAGUGCAGCAUCCUUGUCUAGCGCACCUGCAAAUGACUUGAGCUUCAAACAGGAUGGAUCUGCAGUAAAUCCUUCCGCUUUCCAACAACACUUGCGAAAUGAUUCAAAUUUGAUGGCCCAGCUUUUUCAGAACGAUCCUGAGUUAGCACAAGCUGUCCUUGGGAAUGACCUAAAUAGGCUGCAAGAGCUUCUACGUUUGCGUCAUCAGCAUAAAUCAGAGCUACGGCGUCGUCAAGACGAGGAGAUGGCACUGCUGUAUGCUGAUCCAUUCGAUGUCGAGGCACAAAGGAAAAUUGAAGAGGCAAUUCGCCAGAAAGGAAUUGAAGAAAACUGGGAAGCUGCAUUGGAACACAAUCCUGAAGCUUUUGGAACUGUGGUUAUGUUAUAUGUUGACAUGGAAGUAAAUGGCCAUCCUCUAAAGGCUUUUGUGGAUAGUGGAGCUCAGUCAACAAUUAUAUCUAAAACCUGUGCAGAACGUUGUGGAUUGUUGAGGUUAUUAGAUACACGCUACAAGGGCAUUGCUCGUGGAGUUGGUCAAACAGAGAUACUAGGUCGUAUUCAUGUUGCUCCAAUCAAGAUUGGGAAAAUAUUUUACCCUUGUUCUUUUGUGGUGCUGGAUUCUCCCAAUAUGGAAUUUCUCUUUGGACUUGAUAUGCUUCGCAAACACCAGUGCAUGAUUGAUCUGAAGGAUAAUGUUCUGAGAGUUGGUGGAGGGGAAGUUGCUGUACCAUUUCUACAUGAGAAGGACAUUCCCGGUCAUUUUCUUGAUGAGGAGAGGCGCGCCAAGGAGGCUUCGAGCUCAGGAGCCCAGGCAACAUCUGGAGCAGCAGAGAAGACUGACCCUACAAAAGGAGGUCCUGGAAGUGCCCGUGGGAACGUGACACAGGGACCAGAAUUUGAAGCCAAAGUUGCAAAGCUUGUUGAGUUGGGGUUUGGAAGGGAGGCAGUAAUACAAGCUCUGAAGUUUUUUGAUGGUAACGAAGAACAAGCAGCCGGAUAUCUAUUUGGGGGAUGAUCAUCCCUUUCCUGUCAUAGGAUUACGAUUUGUGUACUCACAACAUUUUUUUGGAUUAAGCAAUGACUGCUUACUGCAUUCAAAUUUGUCUUUGAAAUUAUAUCGUUGGUCACACAAACUUAACCUUGCUUUCCUGCUGAUGGAUUCGGCAGGGAGUGGAAUUCAAGAUGAAUUAUUUGGUUGUGGUUGGUUGGUUGUUAUAUUAAACUUAAUGCAUGAAAGAAAAUUAGCUUUAUUUUCAAGUUUA